AUGCGAAAGUCUGCAUUAAAAGUAAACUCAUCUACUGUCUCGGAAUAUCCAGAAUUGCUCACGGCAUAUUCCUCUCUUACGAAAUUAAUUCGCAUCACUGCUUAUAUCCUGCGUUUUCUCCAAUAUAAGAAAGACUCGAAGGAACGAUUGUCUGGCUAUCUCAGAUCUUCCGAACUGAAGAAAUCGCUGCAGAAAUUAAUUACUCUGUCUCAAGAUGUGGAUUUUGGACUCGAAAUUCAACAGCUACGAAAGGAAAAAGGCGUUCAUUCCAGUAGCAGAAUUGCUCAACUUUGCCCAUUUCUCGACGAAGAUGGUCUACUUCGUGUUGGAGGACGUCUACAAAAGGCUAAGUUUCAUUAUGAAUUUAAACAUCCUAUUAUUUUGUCGAAACAAAACCCAUUGUCUCUUUUAAUCUUUACAGAUGCCCAUCUGAAGACUCUACAUGGCGGCCUUAUUCAAAUGCAGGCGUAUGUUACUCGAAGGUUUUGGAUACUUUCUGCCCGCAACCUGGCUAAAAAAGUGCUACGCAGCUGUAUUACUUGUUUCAAGUACAAGGCCAAGUCAUCUCAGCAAAUAAUGGGAAACCUGCCAUCGGUACGAGUUCAACCUACUCGACCGUUUAAGCACAGUGGUGUUGACUACGCUGGUCCAAUAACUAUAAAACAAUCAACAGCAAGAAAUUCUGUUACGACAAAGGGAUACAUCUGCCUCUUUGUCUGUAUGGUCACCAAAGCGCUGCACCUUGAAGCUGUUACUAGCCUCUCUACGGACGCUUUUAUUGCCGCAUUUAGACGAUUUACCUCACGACGUGGCAUGUGCUCUGACCUAUAUUCAGACUGCGGCACAAACUUUGUUGGCUCUAACAAAGAACUCAAAAUACUUCAAAGAAGAAGCAUUGAAUCGCUACCGGAAGAUCUAGCAAACCUUCUCGCUAACAGUGGCACAAAUUGGCAUUUUAUACCACCCGCUUCGCCAAACUUUGGAGGUCUCUGGGAAGCGGGUGUAAAAUCUACAAAACACCAUUUGAAACGCAUUAUGGAUAGUCGAAUCCUAACCUAUGAGGAAUUGUCCACUCUCUUGACUCAAAUUGAAGGAUGUCUUAAUUCCAGGCCGCUUUGCCCCAUUUCAACUGACCCAGCAGAUUGUGAAGCCUUAACUCCAUCCCAUUUCCUGGUUGGAGAGCCAAUUUUAUCUGUCCCAGAUGAAAAUCUAUUAGACCACAAUAUAGAUAGGCUUUCCCGCUGGAAAGUAGUUCAGUUGCUCAAUCAACAGUUUUGGAAUCGCUGGAAAACUGAAUAUAUCAACCGUUUACAAUCUCGCCCAAAAUGGCUCAAACCCCAAAAGAACCUUGAAGUUGGCGAUUUGGUCAUCAUAUUUGACGAACGAGUUCCCCCAGGUCAAUGGCCACUAGCCCGAAUUACAGAAGUCCAUCCCGGUGCUGAUGGAAAAGUCCGAGUUGUUUCCCUGAAAUGCAGUGGUAAAAUCUAUAAACGUCCUGUCUCUAAAGUUGCACUUCUGCCCCAACAACAAAACUUUAAUUACGCAAAUGAUCCUGAAAAGAGUUGCUGUGAGCCGAGGCACAGCGUGGUUAGCUCGGAAACCAAAUAA